UGUUCCAGUCGGUCAGGAAGAGGAGAAAGGCGGACACAGAAGCACCAAGCGAUGGCAGCCAUCAGGAAGAAGUUGGUGAUAGUUGGGGAUGGUGCUUGUGGGAAGACCUGUCUGCUCAUCGUGUUCAGUAAGGACCAGUUCCCAGAGGUCUACGUCCCCACUGUGUUUGAGAACUAUGUGGCAGACAUUGAAGUGGAUGGGAAACAGGUAGAACUAGCACUUUGGGACACAGCAGGUCAGGAAGACUAUGACAGACUGAGGCCUCUCUCCUACCCCGACACCGAUGUUAUCCUCAUGUGCUUCUCCGUGGACAGCCCCGACAGUUUAGAGAAUAUUCCAGAAAAGUGGACCCCGGAAGUGAAACACUUCUGUCCAAAUGUUCCCAUCAUCCUGGUUGGCAAUAAAAAAGAUCUGCGCAAUGAUGAGCACACUAGACGAGAGCUUGCAAAAAUGAAACAGGAACCAGUUAAAUUUGAAGAUGGGAAAGAGAUGGCAAAUCGUAUCAGUGCCUACGGCUACCAGGAGUGUUCUGCCAAAACCAAAGAUGGUGUGAGGGAAGUCUUUGAGAUGGCAACUAGGGCAGCACUGCAGGCCAAGAAACGUGGAAAGAAGUCCACCUGCCUUCUGUUAUAGGCUCUGGGAGAAGAAGAGGGGGCUGCCCUCAAGCACAGAUGGAGAGGGCAGCUUCCACUGAGAUUUGACAUAGGGGAGAAUAUUGGGGAGGGCCCCAGAAAAGUUUGCAGAUGCUCAAUUUCUGAUCACCCAGUUAUCCUCAGCAAAUUAAAGCAGGUCUGAAAUGAUUUGAUAGGCUUCUACACAUCAGUCCUUUGUCUAUACAUUACAUUAGGUUAUAUGCCAUUUUGCUUAUGUCUAUCAAAGAUUUUCAGAUCUAGAAUUCUGUAAGAGGGACGGGUGGAGGGGUGAUUUGAAGUUGAGUGGAUGUAAACUGACUGAAAUGUGCCAUGAUGGGAAUGAAGAGAGAAAAGGUCCUUACCAGGCCAAAGACAAAGGGGACAUGAGAGAGGGAAAAAAAGACAUUAAUAUAAAAUAGUUUUGAAUUAAGACCAUGUCUAAGUGGAUUUUACACAGUAUCGCCUACAUGUAGUGCCUUGAGAGCAGCGGUCAAGAAGAGUAAGUUGAGGGGUAGGGAUUCAUAAGUUAGAUGGGGUGUCAUUUUGUCAUUUGUAGUGUCCACACUUGAAUGCUUUCUCCCUGUCAUUGGCUUGGCUCCUUCAGGCCCGUAUUCUGACUCAGGCGCUAUGCAGGGGUAUGCCUAAACUAGAUUGUAUGAGAUAUGUUCCCAUACUGAAUUACUUACCUGAACUUCAGAGUGUGUGUCUGUGUGUGUGUGUGUGUGUGUGUGUGAGUGAGUGAGUGUGUGUGGCUGUAUGGUGAUUUGUCUGUUUUUUUUUUUUUUUCAGUGCAGGUCUGCAUGCAGUGAAUGUGUGUAUAUUUGUGUGUGUAUUAACAUAUAUGUCUACGUACUGUAUGCAUGGAAAAGCCUUCUGCGUCACUGACCUAACCCCUUGUUUCCAUGCCAAAGUUACCCCUGAUGACCACAUUUUAUGGCUCAGAUGGGUAAUGGAAUUAACAGCUACUCAGAGUGACAUAGAAACCUUCACUUUACUGGAAUACAUUGUACUAUAGCUAGAGGCACAAUCAGGUUAAACAUAUUAUGAGUUUUUAGGACCUUUUUUUGUGUAUACCAGAGAUUAAUUUGAUUGUGUUAAUCAGUGGGUCAAAUUACGAGUGGUGUAGUUGAUAAGUUGAAUACUCUUUCAUAUAGAUGAUAGGCUUAUCUCAUUACUAUAAUGUCCAUUAUGUACUGUAUGUCUUACAAGGCCUUGUAAGGACAUGUUAAUGAUAUGUAUUUCAAGUUUGCCUUUUAUUCAACUCUCCCCAUCGACCCUUUUAUGAUAUUGUCAUUAUUGUACUAUAACUUUUUAUUGUUGAUGUCUCUAAUUUUCUUAGUAUUUUUUAAUCAUUAUACUUAACCCUGCUGUUAUGAUCAGUUUAUGUCAGUUAAAUAAUAAGUUGUAACCGUAGUAUUAUUUCAUUUAAUUAAUUGAAGGUCAAGCUUGGGUGCAAGGUUGGACAGUUUUGGGGGUGGGCUGCUAGAGCAAUCUUUUUUUUUUUUUUUUUGUACUGUGACAUAUUGGGAUUUCUGGAUUUUUUUUUUCCAAAUAAAGCUGGUAUUAGGGUUUUCUGUUGUAUGGUAUUUGUGUUCUUUGAUCCAUUCAUUCAUUAAGAAACCCCUUUGCCCUAUAUUUCAAGCACUAAUUUACUUUUUUUCCCAACAAAUAAAAACGCUCAUAACUGUU